UGGAUAAAAAAAUAGUGACAAUACACAUAUUUUUUACAAAAUGGGUUGUGAUGGCGGUACAAUUCCUCGACGCGAUGAGCUCGUUCGAAUGAAAAAGAAGCCAGAACAGAAAGAUAAAGAUGCUGAAAGAAGUUUCAAGUGGCGUAAUUGUGCGCUCUCGCAGCAAAUACUACAAGAACCAAUAAUGGCAUGCAGUCUUGGAAGACUUUACAGCAAAAGUUCCGUUCUUGAGGCACUACUUGACAAGGAAACUAGGCCAGAAUCAAUUAAUCACAUUAAAAAUCUGAAGGAUAUUAAAGAUCUGAAACUAGUCAAGAACCCUGCAUAUGUUCCUACAGACCAUACUGAUGGGACAUUUGAUAAUGGGAGUGCUCCUUACAUCUGCCCUAUUAGUGGCUUGGAGAUGACUGGAAAAUUUCGUUUUGUUUUUCUCUGGAGCUGUGGCUGUGUGCUUGCUGAGAGGGCAUUGAAGGAAGUCCGACAGAACCUGUGCCAUAUGUGUCAGCAACCAUUCACCGAUAAUGACAUAGUUGUUCUUAAUGGUACUGAGGAAGACAUUGAAAAACUCAAAGACAAGAUGGCAAUUCGAGUAUCAAACAGGAAAAACAUUAAAAAGAACAAGGCAGAGAAAUUGGAAAAGUCCAUAAUUAAAACUGAAAUCAAUUCAGGACCAUCGACUUCUCAAGAUAAUCCAUGUAACACAGCAGAGAAGCAGUCAACAGAAGUUAAAAGCGAGAUUAAAGUAGAAGCUGGAACAAGUAGUACAAAAGAAAUUGAAACAAUUCCAUUAUCUUUACCAAAGUUCAAUCCCAACAAACAACCUAGAGGACAUUUUGGAUCGCAAAAGAGAGCAGCCCCAACUGAACUGGCUCAGGAUCCAUCAUACAAAAAGACAAAGAAAGAUUACAGUAUUGCAAAAGAUCCAAAGGCCACUGAUGUUUACAAAUCAUUAUUUACAUCACACAAAGAUGAGAAGGAACAAGAGAGAGCACAUUGGAUCACGUACAAUCCAUUCUACAACUGACACUGGUCGCGGAGUGGAGUCCAGUGAUUCUUGAGUCAUUGUUUACAUACUCCACAUGUAUUUUCAUGUGUCUGAUGGUUUAUUUACAAUGUUAACAAGUAUGACAUUUUAAUGUGAUCUAUAUUAAUGGCUUAGAAUUUAUUAAAUGAAUAAAAAACAAUUUUUUUUUU